CAAUCGUUAUUAUUGAAGACAAUAUAAAUAUCAAGUAUGGACAUGUUCUUACCAUAUUCGAAAAAAAUUGCCCGCGCCUCCAUGUUUGUUUUGCUUAAGGAGAAUUUACUCAACUCAAGAGCGGUCACUUGUGACAAGUGCUAACGGUGGCAUCAUAUCCGAUGUGGAAACACUGGGAUAUCGGAGGUGGUAUAUGACGAAGCGGUUCGAAAACAGGAUGAACUGCGUUUCGUAUGUAUGAGGUGUCGUCACUACGAUACCUCUCAUGAUGACAUGGAUGUAGAUGAAGUUGUCCACGUACUGCGGGUGCCUGAUGCACCGACGGACAUCAAAGCAACACAGGCUGCUCUGUUGUUGCACGAAGAGUCAGGAAGUGGGAAUAUUAUGGACGCGGUGGGAGCAGAUCACUCAACGUCAAUGUUUGACGUUAGUCGCCCUGAGCGUUCCAUGGAGUCGGAAGAUGAGACUGACCUCAACGAUGAAACCGUCCACGAUGUCGUACUAGAUGGAACACCUACAUACACUGUUUGUGGAUGGUGGUUCCAAGAAAGGUUCGCGGAAGCUAGUAUCCAGUGAAGGCUAUGCGUUUGUGUUGAAGAG